UGAGGUUUCACUUUUGAGUCUGGGAAUCUUCGGGCUGUGUGCUGGCUCCGCGGCUCCGGGGCAGAGCCCUCCUAUCCCGGCCAGCAGGGCGGCCUGGCUUCGGCUUUGUGGGCGCGGGCACGCAACAGUCACGGUCACGCCCUGCGGGAUCAAGGCCUGACCCAGCUGCCCUCCUCAGGAGCAUGGCAUCGGCCUUUGCAAGGGUGGUCAAGAGCGUGAUCCGGGAGCUGGACCACAGUGGGGAGCUCACCCCUGUGGACAGCCUGCAGAGCUCCACCGGCUUCCAGCCCUACUGCCUUUUGGGCAGGACGUCCUCGGGGUCACUGUUCUGGAGACGCCGCUACACAUGUGUCAACCUGUCCAUCAGGGACAUCCUGGAGCCUGACACCCCGGAGCCAGCUGUGGAGUGUGGCAGCACCUUCCACUUCCACGAUACUAUGGACGGGCAGCUGCAGGGCCAUGUGGAGCUGGCGGCCCCAGGACAGGGGAAGAUCUCAGGCGGGGCCACGGUGUCCGGCAGCUCCAGCGCCUCGAUGAAUGUGCGCGUGCUGCGCGUGGCCCCCAACACCUGGGAAGCCAUGCACCGCGAGAGGCGCCUGCGGCAGCCUGAGCACAAAGUCCUGCAGCAGCUGCGGAAUCGUGGGGGUGAUGUGUUCGUGGUGACCGAGGCGCUGCAGACGCAGAAGGAGGUGGAGGUCACCCGGACCCACAAGCAGGAGGGCUCGGGCCAGUUUGCACUUCCCGGAGCCGUGUGCUUGCAGGGCAAAGGCGAGGGCCACCUGAGCCAGAAGAGGACGGUCACCAUCCCCUCGGGCAGCAUCCUCGCCUUUCGGGUGGUCCAGCUGGUUAUCGACUCUGACUGGGACAUCCUCCUCUUCACUGACAAGAAGCAGAGGACCUUCAGGCCAGAGUAUAAAGGCCCCCAGAUGGAGCCGGGGUUCGCAAGCAGGAGCCCCAAGAAGAGCUUGUGCCUUCCCUUGAUCAAGGCAGACACGCCCAUGGAGGACGGCUUGGCGAUCACCGAAGACUUCCAGGGCCUGCGGGCCGAGGUGGAGGCCAGGGCCGUGGGCCUGGAGGGCUUGUCCAAGGAGCCCUGUGGGCAGCUGCUGGGGGGCCUGGGGCAGGUGCUGCGGGACCAGCCCGCCUUGCAAGCCCUAGAGGAGUUGCUGGAGAGCGGUCUGCGAGGCGGGCUUUUGGAGCCUCAGGAGGGUCCUGUGGGUGCUGUCCUCGAGUGCCUGGUGCUCUCCUCCAGAAGGCUGGAAGAGGAACUUGCCGGCCCCUUCUUCUACCUGCUGCAAGCGCUAGCUGUGCUGAGUGAAACCCAGCACUUGCUGGUGGCUGAGGUGCUGGAGACCGGGGCCCUGUUGGGGGCGUUCAAACUGGUGGAAAGCCUUCUGGAGCAGAGCACCCCAUGGCAGGAGCGCAGGGCCGUGUCCCUGCCGCCCGAGCUGCUGGGGAGCAGCUGGGGCUCAGAGGCACCCCCCUGGGUCCUGCUGGAGGAGUGUGGCCUUGAACCACAGGUGGACGCCCCCCAGGUGUGCUGGGAACCGGAGGCCCGGGGCUGUGUGUGUGCGCUGUACGCCUGCCUGGCCCUGCUGCUCAGGCUGAGCCGCCUCUGCUAGCCUGCGGCCCGCCCGAGGGGCAGCCCUCUGGUCAGGGCAGAGCGCGUGGCCACCCAGCUGCCAGCAGCCGCACCAGCCGUGGGGCAGCUCAGCGCAAGGGCUGGCAGAGGAGGAAAGCCAAUAAACGUGAUGAAU